AUGACUGUUGCAUUGAGGUAUUUUUUUGUGAAUGAGCGAGUUAUUGCUAUUGUUCGUGUUGGUGAUACAUCGACAAAAACGUUGAUGAAAACAAUAUGCUUUGUGCUUAUGAGACAUUCUUUAAGUAUAUCUAAAAGACGUGGACAAGGCUAUGAUGGGGCUAGUAACAUGCAAGGAGAGAUGAAUGCCGUUUCCAAAAAAUAUUUGCUUGUGGAUGAUUUUUUUGUUGUUAUUACUAAUGUGUUGGAUGUGGUGGGAGCAUCAUUUAAGCGCAGAGAUCAACUUCGGGACCAUCAAGCAGAAAUGUUAGAGCAACUACUAGAAAGUGGUGAAAUAUUAGUGAUGUCCAAUGAGUUGAGUGCAUCAUUACAAAGAAAAGAGCAAGAUAUUGUCAAUGCUAUGAUAUUUCUUGACAUUACUAAGACAAAAUUGCAAUUGUUGAGAGAUGAUGGAUGGAAUGCUUUGAUGAAUGAAGUUCGUGUAUGUUGUGAUAAACAUGAAAACUCAGUACCUAAGAUGGAUGAUUUUUAUCUUCCCGAAAAGUCAAAGUGUAGGACUUCUAGUGUUACUUACUCACAUCACUUACGUGUUGAGCUCUUUUAUGCUAUAAUUAACUUGCAACUUCAAGAGCUUAAUAAUCGUUUUGAUGUUGUGAGUGGUAACUUGCUUAUUGGUAUGAUAUUGGCCAAACAUUAUCCAAAUGAGUUUGGUGAAUCAAAGCUUCGAGAGCUUAGUUACCAACUUGAUACUUUUAUCAUACACAUGCGACAUGACGAUCCUAUAUUCUUUAAUUUGAAAGGAAUUAGUGAUUUGGCAGAAACGCUGGUUAAUGCAAAUCUUGUGGAAACUUAUUCUCUUAUGUACUUACUUGUGAAGUUGACCUUGAUUCUACCAGUCGCUACUGCAAUUGUAGAAUGA